AUGGCCUCUAAUCGUCAAGAUGCAGCUGCUUCGGCUUCGAUCGGCACCAUAGCCAACUUCUUUCAGCAGCCGGGUGCGCGCUGGCUCGCGCUCGCCGGUCUCGGUACGGGCUCGUUGCUCCUGGCAACACGAUUCUUCCCAAGGCCCCUUCCUAAAGGCAAGGACACUGCCUCAACAGAUCGCGACGAUGGUCAACGCGAGUCUUCGCCUCCUGCUGCUGCGAAUGGAAAGGCGAAACGAGAGCGCUUCAAGGAAGACGUUGAACCCAUCGCCAUCUUCUGGGAUGUCGACAACUGCGCCCCACCCACUGGCUCCUCUGGCCGGUCCGUGGCACUCGCCGUGCGCACUGCGAUCCAGGGCCUCAAUGUCGGUCCCAUCGUCAGCUUCAAAGCCUACCUCGAGCUUUCUUCCGAGACACAGGCACCGAAUGCCGCUCAAGUUCAGCUCAGAAGCGAGCUGCAGGGAUGUGGCGUCAGCCUCAUCGACACCCCCAAGAGCGGCCGGAAGGACGUCGCCGAUAAAAUGAUGAUCACCGACUGCCUGUCGUUUGCGAUUGAUCAAGCGGCCCCAGCUACAGUCGUGCUCAUCUCAGGCGAUCGAGACUUUGCAUAUCCGCUCGGCAUUCUCAGAAACCGUGGAUACAAUGUUGUGCUCGUGACACCGCCAAUUGGCGCACCCCCCAUCUUGGAAGCUUCGGCCAACGUAGUCAUGUCUUGGCGACAAGACGUGCUUGGCGUACAGACGAACAAAGAUGGAAAGCUGUACAGCACCUACUCGAAUGCAGGACCGCAUACACCCUCCAAACAGGCUCACUCCCACACCGCUGCCGGUCACGCCCCUUCUACGUCUACCCACAACGGCUCUUCGGUCCCCAAACCUCCUGGCGCUCUGGCACAUCAGGACCGCCGCCCUUCCAAUCGUACGGUGCAGCUCUUUGGCCCUCUCAUCAAACUUCUUGAGCAGAUCAAGAAGGAGGGCAACUCGAAGCCAUUGCGUUCAGCAGUAGCCGCACGUCUGGUCCAGCAGGACAGGAGCAUCUUUCUCAAUGCCGGCGCAGCGAAAUGGGCCGAGUACGCUGCUGUCGCCGAAGCCGCAGGAAUCGUGACACUCGGCUCGAACGGACAGGCCGGGUACGAAUGGGUCUCGCUCAAAGAUUCUGCCAAGACUGCUGCGUCGUCCACGCUCAUGACGCCGACGACUUCAGCUAGCACUCCUACCCGUCAGAAGUCUUAUUCGCACAACGCCACAGCCACGCCCAGCUACAACCCCUCCGAUACCGCAGCGCGGCUCAAACCCUUUCUGCCGCUCAUCGAGAUUUGCAAGGAGCAGCGAUCGCAAAACGUAGCGCGACCUCUUUGCUCGUACGUAGGCAUGCAGCUAUCCGCCCUCGCGCGACAGGGCAUUGUCGACGCCUACGCACUCGCCGGUGUCCCCGGCUGGAAAGAGUACCUCGCUGCAGCCGAGAAAGCCGGCAUCGCCCGACCCGCUCCCACCGACCAGGAAGGCGUUCUCGUCGUCGAGCUGCAUCCAAAGUACUACAACUGGCAGACGAACCAGAUCCUCCCUUCCGCAAAUCGCAUCGCCGACACGGCCACCACCCCCUCGCCCUCGGUCGACAAAAAGACGUCCCCGUUCAAACGCGCGAUCUCCGACCUCUCCUUCAAAAGCACCCCCAAGACGGACACUACCCAACUUUCAAAGCAAAGAACCAUUGUCAACGGGCACGAGAUCCCCCUAGCCUUUUCGCCGCUCGCAACGCUGCUGUUCGAACAAAUGCUCGAGGGCCGCAACUACUCGACCGACUACUUCUGCCAGUCGAUCGUGGCGAGUGGCCGAACGUCGGUGGUGGUGCCCGAGCUGAAGGUGCGGACGGCGGAAGAGUUUGCGGAACAUUUGGAGGCGGCGGUGGCGGCGAAGAUCGUGACGACCGAGCCAGGGUUUAAGCCUGGGGUGAGGCAUGUGCGGUUGCAUCCGAGGUUGGUGAAGAUGGGUGGGAAGACGAGUGUGACUGAUGAUGAGGGGUCGGAUGGGGAGGCGAGCCUGGGGAACGAGGCGCAGGAUUUGGCCGCGCUGAGGGAGCAGACGAGCCAAGUGCUUGCCGACCUCCAGCGAUCGACGUCGUCGGAAGGAUACACCGCUUCCGGCCCUGUCCCCGCUGACGACGGUGUCCGCUUCCGACCUCUGCUCGAUAGCCUGCUCGCCCUCUCCGCAGAAGGUAGCGCGGUGACCAAGACGAAACUCUCGAGCGAGGUCGGCAAGCGCAACCCAGGUCCAGCGGGUAUUGGCGCGUUCUACCAGUCGCUGGGCAGCACCGGGUUCACAGACUACCUCCAGCAGGCGCGCGAGAAGGGCCUCGUCAAGGCGCUCGAUGCCGAAGGACAGGUGGUCAAGGGUGGGAGUCUCAUCGGCCUGUCCGACUACACAGUUGCGGUGUCGCUGUAA